AUGGGCAACGGUUCCCUUGAAACGUCCGUGGGUGGAAUCGUAUUGGAACAAGUAGACCAUGUAGUCGAUAGAGAUGAAUGGAUCGUUGACGGCAACAACAUUGACGCUGUCUUUCUCGACGGCGGCGCGGAGGACGAGACGUCCGAUUCUUCCGAAUCCGUUGAUUCCGACACUUGGCUUCGACAUGGCGCAAAAGAGCAGUUUCCUGAACAAGUAUUAGAUAUGAGUAAUAGUGAAGAAUAG